CUUUUUUAACAUUUGUUGCCAUCGUGGCAACGCAGCAACUCAUGUAUUUUUUGUCUGCUACGAGUGACUUGUUUAUUCUGUGAAAUAUGAAAGUUUGGUAUUCAGAUUAAAACAAUCACAAAAUUGUGGUUGUGGAGAAUGAAUUACAUCAUCGACACCAACUUGAAAAAUCUCUAUGUGUGUUCGGAUCACUUUGUUACAGGAAAGCCGAGUGGAGAAUUCCACAAAAAACAUGUUGAUUGGGCACCCUCUAUAAAUGUUGGAUCAAAUAAGACGAAACAAUUUCUAGAUGGUGAUCAUCAAGUACGUAACAAUGUUGCUUUUGACAAGGCUGAUACACCUCCAUUGAUAGAUGUUGAAACUGCAACUGAAGUUGAGGAUUCCGGUUUUUUGAACAAUUUGAUACAAGGUGAUUUAGUUAUGGCUGAUAGGGGAUUUACAGUUCAUGAGGCUGUUACUUUACGGAAUGCAAAUCUUGCUGUGCCUUCGUUCCUUGGAAAGCAAACACAGUUGUCAAAUGUUGAAGUUGAGUACUUUAGAGGCCUAGCAAGGAUUCGUAUACAUGUUGAGAGAGUUAUAGGAGCCACAAAACAAAGAUUCACUAUUUUAGAAGGUCCUCUUCAUCGUGCAACACUUUCUGUUUCGAAGGGUGAAGAUUCAGCAAUAAUUGAUAAAAUUGUUAUGGUCUGUUGCGCUCUUUACAAUUCGUGUUCAUCUGUUGUACCCUUACUGUAGUGUGUUUAGGUGAAUAAUUGUCAUAAUAAACCACAAAUUUUCAAAA